AUGCUGUUUACCUUCUACUAUUACGAGCCAUCUGCACCUGCAGCAGUGAUCUUUCUCGUUCUUUUCGGUUUGAGCACCAUUCUUCAUUUCCACCAACUCAUUCAGACGCGGACAUGGUUUAUGAUCCCUUUCCUGAUUGGAGGCAUCCUCGAGACCAUCGGAUAUGCAGGCCGAUUGCUGUCACACAACGAAUUCCCUAAUUUCACCAAAGGUCCAUACGUUAUCCAAAGCGCUCUAAUUCUUAUCGCCCCAGCGUUUUUUGCCGCCAGUAUCUACAUGACACUGGGCCGUAUCAUUGCCAUGCUCCAGGCCGAACAAUAUUCAAUCGUGAGGCUGCACUGGCUGACCAAGAUCUUUGUGGCGGGUGACGUGCUGUCCUUUCUCAUGCAAGCAUCAGGCGCCGGUAUUAUGGUGAAAGACUCUACCGAUCCCAACACAGGUGAACGCAUCAUCAUCGGCGGUCUCUUCGUGCAGAUCAUAAUGUUCACUUUGUUUGUCAUCACCGCCGCCGUCUUCGAAAUCCGCAUGGCUAGGGGCCCUCUAUGUCCGUCGUCGGAGGUCUCGGGGGUCUGGCGCCCACAUAUGGUUGCCCUAUAUGUAACCAGCACGAUGAUCUUGGUUCGCUCGAUCAUUCGUGUAGUGGAAUAUCUGGAUGGCUAUGAUGGAUACCUCAUGAGACAUGAGGUCUUCUUAUACGUUUUCGACGCCCUGUUGAUGUUUCUGCCCAUGGUGAUCCUGAACGGAGUCCAUCCUAGUGAGAUAAACUGCUUAUUAGGACGGGGCGACAAGUAUAUCCGCAGAUUCAUCAAGACGCACAAGUCCGUGGAUCGUCCAUUGGUGGAGAUGCAGAACCCCAUCGAUUCGUUACUUGUGGCCUUUACCGGUAUUGAUGGUAAGAACCCUCCUUCCUGCGACAAGACCAACCUUGUUUCGGCGCGAUAUGUUCGACGCACAGAUUAUGACUGCACGGGGAUUUACCCGUCCCCAAUGGUGCGGAUGCAGCAGAUGUUCAAAAACGCUGGUUAUCGUUCAGAAGGGCAACUAAUGGAACGCAUUCAGCCUAUUCAUCUCAAAGCUCCAAAAGGCUUCCAACAAAAUGAUACCCUUAACUCGGAAGUUCACUCCCGUCCCAUGACCUGCCACGGUGAAGACGUCUAUCCUGCCCUCUAUCCAACAGAGGAAAGGAUCAAGCUCUGUGGGGACGCCAAGCACUAUUUUGCCAUGGCUUGUGGCGCUGAUCUGUAUGACGAAGGUCUGCUCUAUGGCAUUGCGGAUUCUGGAAAUGACAUUCUACUUGGUGACUAUUGCGAAGCCGCGUCGGAUGAAACCAUUGUCCUCCGCAACGAAGAGGGGAGGCGUGGUGGCUUUCUUAAGGAUGUGUAA